CAUGCAAAAGAUGGAAGAGAGGAUGAUAAGAUUGGAGGAAAAAAUUGUGGAACAGAAGGAACAAUAUGAGGAACAAAAGACAAUGAUGAGACAAGAAAUUGUAGAAGAUAUCAUAGCAAAACUUCAACGUUCUGGAUUACCAAUUGAUGCUAAUACUUUAGCAACAUUGUAUUCUCGUCCAUUGGGUCAAGCUUCCUUAACACAAGCAGCAGCUAUUCACCUAAUUCAUCGACCAUCUCUUGGUAGCAACAAUCAAGGUGAAGAAAAUGAACAAAUGGGAGAUGAAAUCAGUGAAGACCUUACUUAAAGAGUAUUGGUUGAUCUACACCUUCAG